GCGGAGCUGGGCGCCGGGGGCGCGGGGCGCGGGCGGCUCCGGCUCGGUUCUCCUCCAUUCAUUGAGAUCGCGGCGGGUUCCGCGGCGGCGGCAGGAUGGUUGCUCGGCUGCCCGCGUUCCUGCCCCUGCUCCCGUUGCUGCUGCUGCUGCCGGGCCGGGGGCCACCGGGAGCCCUGGGCAACCGUCACGCCGUGCACUGGAACAGCUCCAACCUGCACCUGCGGCGGGAGGGCUACACGGUGCAGGUGAACGUCAAUGACUACCUGGACAUCUACUGCCCACACUACAAUGCCUCAGUGCCCGAACACCGGCUGGAGCAGUACGUGCUCUACAUGGUGAACGCGGAGGGCUACCACACCUGCAACACCAGCCAGGGCUUCAAGCGCUGGGAGUGCAACCGGCCCCACGCGCCCCACAGCCCCAUCAAGUUCUCGGAGAAGUUCCAGCGCUACAGCGCCUUCUCGCUGGGCUACGAGUUCCGCGCGGGGCAGGAGUACUACUACAUCUCCACGCCAACACACAACCACCACCGGGCCUGCCUGAAGAUGAAGGUGUUUGUGUGCUGCGCCUCCACGUCGCACUUGGGGGAGAAGCUGGUGCCCACCCUGCCGCAGUUCACCCUGCGACCUGAGGUGAAGAUCGAGGACCUGGACAACUUCAACCCGGAGAUGCCCAAGCUGGAGAAGAGCAUCAGUGGCACCAGCCCCAAGCGGGAACACCUGCCCCUGGCCGUGGCUGCCGCGCUCUUCCUCAUGACGCUGCUGGCCUCCUAGCUUCUGGCGCUGGUGGGGGCCCGGCCAGCACAACUCUGCCGAGUGGGGACCCCCCCGACCUGCUGCCCCUCGUGAGAGCCAGCGGGAAACCACCACGGGACCACCCGUCCCCUCUGCACCACCACCCCCCUGCCCGGAGAGCCGUCCCAUGGGGCAGGGGGCUGUGGCACGCGCCGAUCCCAGCUGGGACACGCCCCCCCCCCCCCCCACCAAUGGCUGCAGCCACGUCUGCAAGGAUGCGGCUCGGUGCUGCUGUGUGCACUGCAUCUUCUACCAACACCGUCCCACAGUGCGGAGUCUUGCCCACAGAGUCCUGCCCGCAGCCCACCCAGUGCCCUGUGGCUAGGAGGCAGUGCCGGGCUGGGGAGCCUGGUGAGGGCAGGGACCCCCAGGGCUGGGCAGCCUGUACAUACCUAUAUAGAGAUCUAUACAUACUGUACAGAGAGAGACUAUAUAGAUAUAUCUAUACUGUACCAUAGGCAGCGGCGCUGGCCCUGGGCUGGCUUGUACAUAGUUGAACGUGUUGGAUUUUCCUCGUCUUCCGUGAAGACCUGACCUAUGCAAACGCACAGACACUUUUUGGGGAAAAACAAAACAAAAAAACAAUCUCAACCUUUUUUUCAA